CUCCGCGUUCCGUGGCUGUGCGUUAUUAGUACGCCGCCGGCCGUCGAACGUGUAUGAUCUUUUCACUCGUCGUUUCACCAGUCGAACCGUGUUAUUUUUGUUUACGCGACCGGUUUUUUCUAUGAAACUCGACUUGAAAUCAAGCGAGCGACGCGUACUGCUCUUGCUCGCGCGUGUAUAUCGUACGUGAUAUUGGCGACGAGCGGCUCGCGGAAUUCUCGAUCUCGUUCGCAGUUCGAUAGCUAUCGAUACGAUUCGAUAGAUUCGUUAAACCGUCAGUCGAGCACACGCAGAACGUGCGGAUUUUCGGAGCUUGAUAGUUCGCGUCGGGAUGUGCUUGAACUAGUUUGAGGAAGUCGGUCGCGUUCGUCGAUUACCUCGCGAAUUAUAGCUUGUCAAUUCGACGUCGUGAAAGCUAACAGCGGAGUCAUGUGACGGAGAAAGUGCGUCGUUAUUUGGGACAUGUUUUUCGGUGAUUCGGCACACAGUGAGUUCUACGCAUCGGGAAUGGUACGCGUCAUAUAGAAACGAUAGAGACAUUUCUUGGAAGAGAAAUCGUGUCGCGACUCGCCUCGACCGUACGUGUGUGUAUACAAAUUUAUCGAGGAGCGACGAAGUUUGCCAAGCGAGAGUGACCUUUCACGAUGUUUAAAAGUUGCAUCGGUAACGCGUAGUAGACGUACAGAUUACGAAACAAAAGUACCAUUCCCGAGGAAGUUGCCGGCACGUGCGACCCGAUAAUAGUCGAGGGGCGAACAGUGAAGGAAGCAGGAAAGUGAAAAAACGAAAGUGCGAAACUGCAAUGUGCAAGAAAAAAGGUGAGCGUGCUGCUGUCAGUAAGAAGAACGCAAGAGAAACACGGCAACGAUGACGGAAGGCGGGCCGAACAUAAGCGACCUGAUGACGAAGAACAAGCAGCGGAAUUGGCGGCGGUUGCUGGCCGGCUGCUUGGUCGGCGUGGUCGUCCUUGGUUUGGUCAUCGCGGCGGCGAUUCUUCUGACCGGAAGCCCGGAUUUCACCGGCACGGGGACGCCAGCCGCACCUGGUAUUUCUCUCGAAGAAUGGCUGGCGGGCUCGUUAUCUCCGAAGAGCUUCAACGGCACGUGGAUCAGCGGAAACGAGAUACUGUAUCGCGAUGAAACUGGAAAUCUCCUGAUCUAUAAUGUCACAUCGAGGAAGCCGAGGAGAAUCCUAGAGUCGAGUAAUAACGCGCUGAUGUCGAGUUUCGACCAUCAACUCUCAGCCGACCGGAAAUACCUGCUGCUGGCCAUCGACUACCAGAAGCUCUAUCGGCACACGUACCUGGCCCACUACAGGAUCGUAAACCUGCAGAACCGGUCAGAGAGCUCGUUGACCGCGAACGACUCAAUUUCCUUGCAACUAGCUACCUGGGCGCCACGUGGCAACGCUCUGGUGUACGUGUACCAGAACAACAUCUAUUAUAGACCGGAAGCGGAAGUGGCGGUCGACUAUCAAAUCACAGACACUGGGGUCUUCGGGACCAUUUAUAAUGGAGUGCCGGACUGGGUGUACGAGGUAUUAUGA